AUGUACGUGAAAAAAGUGCAACAGUACUGUUUCCCCUGGCACUUCAACGCCAGUUGCGGCCCUGACGAAAUGAUUAUGAUGACGUCAGCAAUGUAUGGCAGGAGCUCAAAAGGGAGAUGUUCAGGAAGGCGGAGUUGUCAUGUGGUCACUCCUGAUCCCAUCCUCUACCAGUUGAAGCCCUGCCCAAAUGAUUUCUCCGUUUCCCUAGAAGCUGAUUAUUCCUGCGUCAAAGUUGAGAUGGGCAAGCCUUACACGUGCAACCACUUCGGGGAUCCGCAGAUCGUCAACGAACCACGUGGCUACCUGGCCAGUCUGGUCGUGGAGGAGUUGAAAAUUGGAGGACCCAGGUGUCCCUGGAUGAUUACCGCCAGCAGAGGCCAACAAAUCAACUUCACUCUCCACGACUACGGGGUGGCUUUGCGACGCGAUGACGUCAUUUCAAUUCAGACGAUGGCAAGUCCGCAAAGUUUGAUUCGGCAUGAAAAUGAACUUCACCUCUUACAGGCCUACCACGACGCGAGGCAUCGAACGAGGAGGAACCAGCUGGAACAUGCUCCUUCCUGUAAGGUCUACGUCACCCUUCGAGAUGUUGAGGCUCGCUCGGCUAACUCGGCCAUUAUUGACGUGGCUGACUGCACGUCGAAAGAACGCAUUCGUCACGUGAUGUUGUCGGAAGGACCAAAGGUCGAGGUCACGAUGAUGGACUUAAAGGUCAAAGAGGAAAUUAUUUAUUAUGCGCUGCAUUUUGAAGCGGUAGGAUGUGCCGAUCCAAUCGUACCCCGAGGUGCCCACUUAAGGAGGAAUGGCAUCCAAGCCACCAUCACGUGCAACUUCACCAUCCAAUCGUGGCACAUCGUCUGCCAGGGCGAUGGAUGGUACGGCUCCGUCGACAACUGCACAGUUGAGACUCCAACCAAGUCAAGCAUGGUCCUGAACGACAGCACGGAGAUAUAUCCACUUGAUUACAAAAAUAAGGGGGGGGGGACGAUCAAGGCCGGAUCCACAAGCGUGGAUGCCCUGGGCCACGUAGAAGUUGUGGUGCCGAAUGAUUUAGAAGGGGGAGGGCUAAGUUUGUUGGUUGCGGUUAUGGUAGGCUUGGUUCUUGGCGUGUUGAUCGGUGUGGUUCUUCUCACAUUAGUAUUAUCCUGCCAUAAAAAGUUAUACUCCAAAAAGAGAUUAAGAGAAGCCAAAGAGCUUUCAUCUCAGCGCGUCCUCUACUCAACACGUCGCGACGUCAUCAACGACAAUGACGACGACAACUACAACGCCGAUAGCAACAACAUAAACAACUACGCCCCGACAACCACAUCAACACCCAACUACCACCAUCUCCACACCAACAACAACAACACCAACAACAACACCACAUCGACAACAACAUACUGUCCGUCUUAUCACUAUUCACCCGGAAAUGGAUUCGGCUCUACCGGAAGUACCCUACUUGCCGGAAGGAAUUAUUUAGAUUUUCAAGACGGCAUCCGUUACACACACGUCUGCGGUCUGGGGGCCAUGGAUGUUGUGCCACCUUGUGAACGAAAUGAAAGUAACAAUAAUAACGUUUGCAAUGAUAACAGACAAGCCAGUUAAUUCAGUCGAUAAAUUAUUUUAUAUAUAUUUAUUAGGUUUAUUGAUGUUUUUAUUCUUAAUAAUAAUAAUUAUUUUUAUUUUUAUCGUUAAUUGUAAAAUACAAAAGUAAUUAAAUUGAUAAUUAUUCAGGACUUAAUUACGAUUUUGAAAUUUCAUUUCGACGAUUUAACAGAGAAAUAAAAAAUUAUUCCUAAAAACUAAUUUGACAGGUUAAAUAAUAAAACUUUAUCAAACAAUUGUUAUAACAAUGGUCAACAUUUUUUAUCAAAAAUAUUAUCGUAUCAUUGAUACUACAAUAAUAAUUAUUAUUAAUAAUAAAAUUAUUGCCAUAAUUGUUAUUAUUAUCAAGAAUAAUUGAACUCUUCAACACUCUUAUAACUUUUAACAAAUAUUUUAAAGCGGUUUUUCGACUGGUUAACAAAUAUUUUCGGAUGUUCCCCGUAAUAAUGUUCCCCGCUUGGGUAUAUUUGGAAAUAUUUUUUAAAAUUAAAGUUUUGUAUUAAUAAUAAAGUUUUGUAUAAUUAAAGUUUGUUUUAAAAUAAGUUCAAGUAUGUUUUUAACAAAAAUUGUAUGCAAAUGUAUAAAACAUUGUAUGUAUUUCUAUCAGAAUGGUUGUCUUUUAAAAACCUGUUGAAUAAUUUUUUCAUUUAUGUCAUUUUUUUAAUUUUUUCAAAGAAUCGAAUCAAUUAAUUUU